AAAAGGAGCCCACUAUAAAAGGGGUGAAUGGCGGUUGGGUGCCCUGAAGGAGGCCAAAAGCUCGAUUUUGAGGGAGAAAAACAAAGAAAGAAAGAAAGAAACCAUGGCUUCCUUCAGCAGCAGCAUCUUAAUGCCACCUGCAUCUUUCACUUCCAAAACCCUAGAAUUGGGUUAUGCAUCUUCUUCAUCUCUCAGCUGCAGGUGCUCUCUUAUUCUCACGCCACUCUUCAUACCUCAAAGGAAGCAGAUGAUGUUUCACAAGAAUCGGAGUAAGCUGAAGCAGCGAGUGCUUUCUAUGGCUCCCGAAGAGGAGAAAUUAACUCGUCGGAAUCCCCUUGAUUUCCCCAUCGAGUGGAACAGGCCCAAGCCUGGGCGUAGACCAGAUAUAUUCCCCCAGUUUAGCCCCAUGAAAACACCAUUGCCACCACCUUUGCCAUAUGACCCUCCGGAUGAAGAUGAAGAAGAGGAAGAGAAGAAAGAAGAAGAAGAAGAAGAGGAAGAUCCCGAGAAGGAAGAGUCUGAUAACCCAGAAAAGCAGUAGAAUUCAUCUGCUGAAGAGUAUGGUCUUUGAACCUUGCCAAGCUCUCUUGCCUUCACCAAUACCUCUUGCUUUAUGUGAUGCAUUAGAUAGAAAGUGGAUAUGCAGUGAUAAUGCUAAACCAGGUAGAUCUUCCUGUUUGAGGUGGAGUUUAACCUGAAGUUUUCAUGGAGCUGAAAGUCAUUUUCAUACCUUUUGCAAUUACUUGGGACUUCUUAUUGUUUAAAAAAUUGGGAAGGUAGUCUUCCAGUGCCUAUGUUAAAAGAUUUUGAUGAUAUAAAGAGCUGUCUUGUUAUUUAACAAUUUUGAAAUGAAUAAUACAAGGCUUAUUUUUCUUUUUUA